UAUAAUGGGAGAGGAGCAGCAUCCGAGAAAGAGAUCUCGACAGCAUUUUGAAGCAGAGGAGACCAGACACAUAUCUUUAAUAAAGUCUCCUCGUUGCGAAACGGCGAAGUGGUAUUUCAGCAAGGAAGAGAUUGAGCGUUUCUCUCCUUCUAGGAAAGAUGGGAUUGAUCUAGCCAAGGAGUCGUUUUUACGCUCUUCCUAUUGCACUUUCAUCCAAAGACUCGGCAUGAAGCUUCAUGUCUAAAGAGGGUGCUGUUAUGCAUGACAAUGGCUAGCCUAACUGUUGAGUUUUGUCGUAGGGGCCACUGUGGGAGGUGGUCUGGAGGUUCUCCACCUAUAAGUUUUGUCUCAUGAAUGGUUAAUUAUGUAAUACUAGUCAAAAAAAUUUGGUGUCAUAAAUUGGAUCACUUCUCAUCAGCACAUAGGAGGGCUUGCAUCUGUCAUGAACUUGCUUUGGGAGCUGUUCACCUGUUUUUAUAUAUGUCUGUGAUAAUUUGUAAUUCUCUGGUGGGUUAUCAAAACCUAUCAGCUGUUCCUACCUGUUGUUAGUUUUCUGACCAAGUGCACGUGUCUCUCCGGCCUACUAUUUUUGAAUCAUCCAUCAUAGGUCCCAGGUUAUAAUAGGGUGUGCGAUGGUGAUGUGUCACCGGUUUUACAUGCGCCAAUCUCAUGCAAAAAAUAACUGGCAGACGAUAGCAACUUCUAGUCUCUUCCUCGCUUGCAAAGCUGAAGAUGAGCCGUGUCAACUGUCCAGCGUUGUUGUUGCGUCUUAUGAGAUUAUUUAUGAGUGGGAUCCUUCUGCCUCAAUUAGAAUCCAUCAAACUGAAUAUUACCAUGAAUUUAAAGAAUUUGUUUUGGCGGGGGAGAGGCUUCUGCUGGACACAAGCGCUUUCCAGCUUCUAGACGUAGAGCUUCCGUACAAACCUCUGGCUGCAGCUUUGAAUAGGGUGAACGCUUGGCCUGAUCUUGCAACAGCUUCAUGGAAUUUUGUGCACGAUUGGCUUCGGACGACACUGUGCUUGCAGUACAAACCUCAUGUUAUUGCAACUGCCACUGUGCAUCUAGCUUCCACGUUUCAGAAUGGUAAAGUAGGAAGCAGGAGAGAUUGGUGGUUAGAUUUUGGAGUAACAACUAAGCUGUUAAAAGAGGUGAUCCAGGAGAUGUGCAUGCUGAUAGAAGUGGACAGAAGGAGGACUAUGCCUCCGCCUCCACCUCCGCCUCCAAGAAGAGAGGUAGCUUGGGCAAUCCCUGCACCCUUAAAGCCUCCGGUCCAUAUGUCUAGAGGCUAUCCGUUUCACAGCUACCCUUUGCAGUCCUAUAGACAGCCUGGAAUUUGGUGAGAGCCAUUGUUCAGCAGCUUGAAGAUGUAAUCUCUCUCUCUUGUAGUCUUGAUAGACAAAAGAAGAUUCUGUGGAGUCUCGUGAGAGAGGAAGUGUAAGGUUAUUUAGCAUUCAGAGUGAGGUUUUUAUGUGGCUAAGUUAAGCCUUCUCAGGUGUGACUAUCUUUCACCAGAGUGAAUCUCUCUCAAGAUUCUUCUUGUUUGUUCUGUUACAUAGAGAUUAUGUAGAGUUGUUGGUUAUUAGAAGUGUCCACUCGCUUGUUACAGUACUAGCCAAAACCUUUAUGUUAUUGUACAUCUGGAAUCUAUAUUUUGGGUUAAUUCAAAUUGUCUUCGGCUUA